CCAGCUUGGAAUCCCCAAAAUACUCGACCCCGGGCCCAAAAGGCCAAGAUAACCUACUUGCCCUUUCUAAAUCUUAUAGCUUUUCCUCUAAGGACUAUAUCUCUCAUACCUUCGUGGCAGUCCUGUCGGGAGAUGUAUAAACCCAAUCGGCCACUGCGCUCCGGUGCUACCGCUACUAAGCAAGCUUAUCGAAAUAUCGCUGAUCACGACUUAUCUAAGGAGAAAGAGAAGGCAAUUGGGGAGCUCCACAAGGAAAAUAUUCAGGAACACCUCGCACCGGUUGUCAGGAACUCUCCAGUUCAAAAAUCGGAUACAGGCUCUUAUCGUCAAAUUUUCAUCUAUUCCCUCGAUGAGGUUAUUAUGCAUACCGAAGCCGAGGUUGCCCAGCCUUCGACUAGAAGCCCUUCAGGUUUGGCUGUUUUCUUGCCCCCGGUGGAGUACGACUGGGAUAAAAUACUCCCAUCUCCUGUCAGCCAUCCUCACUAA